CAGGUUAUAAAAUGCAAAGCUGCUGUGGCCUGGGCCGCAAAUCAGCCGCUGGCAAUUGAGGAGAUCGACGUACAACCACCAAAAGCAGAUGAAGUUCGGAUUAAGAUGGUGAGCACAGGAAUAUGUCGGACAGAUGAUCAUGGAAUCCAUGGUACUCUAAAAGGGAUACAGUUUCCAGCUAUCUUUGGCCAUGAGGGAGCUGGAAUAAUUGAAAGUGUUGGAAAAGGUGUAACCCAUUUAAAACCAGGAGACAAGGUCAUUCCACUUUGGCUUCCUCAGUGUAGAAAGUGCACUACUUGUAUACACCCUCACAGCAACCUUUGUAUGGAAUCGAAGUUUUGUGAACCACAGAAUGUAAUGCCUGACAGGACAUCAAGGUUUUCAUACAAGGGAAAAGUUGUGAAUCAUUUUUCAAGGUGCAGCACCUUUUCCGAAUAUAUUGUCACCCCAACUAAUGCUGUUGCAAAGAUUGAUGACAGAGCACCCAUGGAGAAGAUUUGUCUUUUUGGAUGUGGGUUUCCAACAGGAUAUGGAGCUGCUGUCAAUACUGCUAAAGUGCAGCCUGGUACUACGUGUGCUGUAUUUGGAUUGGGUGCCAUUGGAUUGUCAGCCAUUAUUGGAUGUAAAGUUUCUGGAGCAUCAAGAAUUAUUGCUAUAGAUAUAAACAGCAGCAAGUUUGAAAAGGCAAAGCACUUUGGAGCCACUGACUGUAUUAAUCCCAAUGAUUAUAGCAAGCCAAUCCAGGAGGUGAUCAAGGAAAUGACAGGAGAUGGAGUACAUUACUCCAUUGAAUGCAUUGGCAAUACUGAUAUUAUGAAAGCAGCACUGGAGUGCACUCACCCAGGAUAUGGAACCAGUGUGGUAAUUGGUGUAGCUCCCCAAGAUGCAAACCUUGUGUGUCCUCCUUUGCUGCUCCUCACAGGACGUACAUGGAAAGGCUCUCUAUACGGAGGUUUUAAAACUAUGGACGCUAUCCCCCAGUUGGUUUCUGACUACAUUGCAGGAAAAUUUGACUUGGAAGGUUUGGUGACUCAUACUUUGCCUUUUACUAAAAUAAAUGAAGGUUUUGAGCUUUUGAGAUCUGGCAAAAGGUGGGUAUUUGUAUUGAUAAAAAACAAUUCAUAG